GAGGCGGGUUUACCUGCCGGCCGAGCAGCACCUGCGAGCACGCUGCUCUCCUCCAGCUGACUGCCACAUCCACUGUUGUCGUCGGCGCUCGGCGCCAUAUUGGAUGCACAUUAACUUCCAGCGGUUGGGAGACGGCUGGGAAACGAAAACUGGAUUGGCUAACGCACCCGCGGUUGUCAGUAGCGCUACAACGGACAGCAGUGUUACUAUAUGUGUGAGGUUUGCUAAGUUAGAGGUGUCGGGCACAGGAGUCCGAGGAGGUUUGGUGCAAAGUUGAUUUGUUAGCCGGGCCCGUAGACAUGACUUCCCUGACCCAGCGAAGCUCGGGCCUAGUGCAGCGGCGGACCGAGGCCUCGCGUAGCGCCGCCGCCGACAAGGACAGGGCGUCGGGGGACGAAGACUACGAGCCUCGUCGCGGGGAGGACCAAGAUGACGACGAUAAGGGGGACUCCAAAGAAACCCGGCUCACCCUGAUGGAAGAAGUGUUGCUUCUAGGACUGAAGGACAGAGAGGGUUACACCUCUUUCUGGAAUGACUGCAUUUCCUCAGGUCUGCGUGGAUGUAUGCUCAUUGAACUUGCUCUCAGAGGACGGCUGCAGCUGGAGGCCUGCGGCAUGAGAAGAAAAAGCCUCUUGGCCAGAAAGGUGAUUUGUAAGUCAGACGCCCCGACAGGAGAUGUGCUUCUUGAUGAAGCCCUGAAACACAUAAAAGAGACCCAGCCACCAGAGACGGUGCAAAGUUGGAUUGAGCUCCUCAGUGGAGAGACAUGGAAUCCACUAAAGCUUCAUUACCAGCUGAGGAACGUGCGUGAACGGCUGGCCAAGAACCUGGUGGAGAAGGGUGUGCUUACCACGGAAAAACAGAACUUCUUGCUCUUUGACAUGACCACCCACCCACUCACCAACAACAACAUCAAGCAGCGGCUCAUCAAAAAGGUGCAGGAGGCAGUGCUGGACAAGUGGGUAAACGAUCCGCACCGCAUGGACAAGCGGCUGCUGGCACUCAUCUUCCUGGCCCACUCCUCGGACGUGCUGGAGAAUGCUUUUGCCCCGCUGCUGGAUGAGCAGUACGAUCUGGCCAUGAAGAGAGUACGACAGCUGCUUGACCUGGAGCCCGAGGGGGAGAGCAUGAAGGCCAACACCAAUGAGCUGCUGUGGGCUGUCGUGGCUGCUUUUACCAAAUGAGGCCACUGAAGAGUGGACAGCAAUCAGUUGGGCUGGUAUUUUAAAUAUCACGGCAAGUUGUUGACUGGUGGUGGGGGUGGAUAUGAUAGCAAGGAGUGAGACAGGAAUUUACCAAAAGAAUACUGGGCCCAAGAUAGUGACUUGACUAACUUUUACCCCUGCCUAAGCUUUUGGAAUUGAAUGUUCCAGAUACACACUUUUCUUUCUUUUCUCUCUUUUCCUUGUAGAUAUGUCCUUGUUUUUCCCUCAUGGUCCUCUUCUUGCCAGACAUGUUACUUACGCAUUCUUUUUUUUCUUUUUUUUGGGCUAGUAGAAAAAUAAACCGAACUCUGCUGGAAUUUACAAUCAAAUGUUGGGCAAUGGGUGGGAUGGCUGUACAGGCUAAAUAUGAGAUCUCCAUUCAUGUCCUUUUUCCCAUUAUAUUCCUCUGUUUCCCCAAUACUUUUCCUUCUAAUUAUGUAUGCUAUAAAGUACUCAGAGUAACUAGUAUACUCACUUCAGAAUAUCUUAAGCAACAUGGUGUAUGAUCCAUGUACAGGGCAUAAUUUGGCAAAAUAAAAUAGCAAGUUGUUGGCAGUCUCAAGUCUUGAAGCAGAUUGUUCUCUGCCAAAUUUGAUUGACGAUGUCUUUUUUUUUCUUUUUCUUUUUUUUAACAUUCCUGUUGAAAGCGGACAUUGUGGGGCCUUCUUAAUGUGGUUUUAACGCAUUCUUAGAUUGCUUGAAGGCUCUACAACGCUUGUUGAUAUGAAAAGCUAGAUAUUAUCAUCCAAAAAAUAUGUAACAUGCCCAAAAUAGAUUUCCCAGGUUAAAACGGGUUUCAGAAAUGAUAGUGAUUGAGUUGGGUUCAUAAAUUCAAUUUGUCCGGUGAGUUCUAAGAAUCAUUUAUUUUCACUUGUCUUUGCAUGUUGACCAUGUGGCCUUUUGAAUUCCUGUCAUGAGACUGGCAGUGGUUUCUUCUGAGGGAACAGUUAAUACUACUUUUAUUAUUAAACGGUCUUGUCGCACAUGUAUUUGUGUGCUUGAUGCUACUAGCCUAUCUUACACACAGGAAAUGCCACUUCUUUCUACCCUGGGUAGUUAAGAACAUUUUUAGGUGUGUGCAAGAAUUUAAUUUUCGUUUAUCCAGGUGACUAACAAAUACAACCACACCCCUCCUAUUCGUAAAAUUCAAAUGGCCACUUAGGUUGUGACCUAGGCAAAUAUGUAGGGCAAAAAUUAGUGAUUCUUGAGGCUUAUUCCAAGAGGCAUAACCUAUUUCUUUCUUAUCGCUGCUUAAUUGGUGCAAGACCCUGAAGAUUUGGUUUAGUAAAAAAAAAAUUACACUAACUUUACCAGUAUAUAAAUAUUUUUUCACUCUUUAUUCACACUAAAGCCCUGUUUACACCUGGAAUUAUAACGCAAUCUGUAUUUGGAUGAGGAAAAAUGCAUGUUAAAGCAAGAUGUGAAUGCACAUAUUGAGGUGUGAAUGUGAUCGGAUCUGCCGAACCACAUUCGGAGGUGGUCUGGCUCGCAUUGUGAGUAGAUCUCGGGCGGAGUCACUCUGAUGUAAAUGCAAUCCAUGCAGCGUAUUCACAUUUGGGAAAGAGAAGGGGCCAACCAUACGGUUUGAAUACUAUAAGUAAACACCAUGGAUACUGCCACCUGGCUGUCAGUCAGCGUGAAUACAUUACUCUUUGUCUUCCGAUUUUCGUUCAAAUAACAAUAUUUUUCCUCACAAUUUGGUUUUAUAAUACUUAAAGCAUCUAUUUCUAACAAAAUAUUGCUCUGCUUUUGAUGAAGUUUAGAAGUGCAAGGUGUGAGAUACGGUUGUUCGUUAUCCAGGUGCAGGUCAUGUGUUAAUGCCAGGUGUAGCAAAUCUGUUUAUUUUUGUGAACUUUUAUAUGAACGCGUUAUGCAACAAAAGUUGUAUGUCCUACAAGGUGUUGUCUUAUUCCAGAUCUCUAUAACAAGAUUAAUAUAAUUUAAUUUGACCAUCCCCUCUUGCUGUCUUGAUUAGCUUGGGUUCCUGAAUGCAGAGAUGGUUACUCGGAUAUUAACUUUAGAACUGAGCACAAACAUUUGAAUUUUUGAUCCCUAUUCUUUUAAAGUGGGCUUUUCCAAGUCUUUUUUCCCUGUAAUUCAAACCCAGUGUCUUUUUCAACAAGUUCUGACAUUACGUUCCAAAACAAACUGUCAAGAAAGCCUUUCAACCAAUCGCCAUAUCUUGCUCUUAAUUUUAUAUUGCUUUGUUUAUUUUAUUUUCUCAGACGUUUGUUUAAUUUCCUCAGUUUCUCUUAAUUUCAACAACUAUUUUGAUUUUACACUUUUAAAUCUACUUUGUUUGUUUGAAAUAGUUUCAUCUUAGAAAACUGUCCUUUUCAUGUAGCAAGGAGUUAGACGUGAUAGUCAACAAGGAUUCUGGGAAAGAAAGCAAUUUUAUGUCGGAAAAUUGCCUCAGAUUGGGAAAAUGACAAUAAGCCUGAUUAUGUACCCAUCAUCUUAAUAAAGGGACCUCUAAUCUGU